CCGCCCGGCACGUAAUGCGCUCAUCUGUAAGUUCUAGAAAUGAUGAAAUCUCAAGUAAGAAACAAGGCCGACGUGUGGCUAAGAAGUGAAUGAGUAUAUGUUAAGUUUAUAAGAUACUGCCAUACUUCUCUGACUUGCAUUCCGGUUUCUCUGUGUAUAAAAACCCACAACUGACUCUAACGUUAGCAUUAGCAUUAGCCAAAGCGCCGCUGAAGGAGGAAGAGUUUCUCAGCAGCUGAACUUCCAGCGGUUUUCAGUAUGCAGAACAGACAGAGGAGAUCCCAUCUGGGCUUGCUGCUCCUGGCUUCCCAGUUGUUUCAGGUGGGCCUGGAAAACAUCCCCCCCAUCACUCUGGCUGUCCUGGCUCUCAACGUGUACCUUUACCUGUUCCCUGCUGCUCCAUUGUUGCAGGCUUGUGUGAGUGUCAAGCAGGCAUACUGGUUUAAAGAGUGGCGCCGGCUUCUUCUGUCUCCGUUUCACCAUGUGGAUGACUGGCAUCUGUAUUUCAACAUGGUGUCCUUCCUCUGGAAAGGCAUUAGACUGGAGCGACGGCUGGGAGGAGCCUGGUUCCUUUACCUGCUCUCUGUCUUCUCUGUGCUCACUGGCGUGGUCUAUUUGGUGUUGGAGAUGUUGCUAACGGAGCUAACUCAGGACGAGUCUUACAGCAUGGCGUGUGCUGUCGGCUUCUCAGGUGUCUUGUUUGCUCUGAAGGUGCUCAGUAACCAUUACCACCCUGGAGGUGUGACGUAUGUGAUGGGUCUCCCUGUGUCAAAUCGCUACGCUAGCUGGGUGGAGCUGGUGCUGAUCCACAUAACAGCUCCAGGGACAUCUUUUAUUGGUCACCUGGCAGGUAUCCUGGUGGGUCUGCUCUACACCGUUGGGCCACUGAAAACCAUCAUGAAGAAAUGUGCAGAGUUUGUCUCGUCAAACGGAUAUAGCCCACAUCCUGGUGCAAACUACAGCUCCUCAGGCUAUACAGGUUACAGUUCCACUAGUGGACGACACUCAGGAAACUUUCAGAAUCCACCAGGCUCCACCACAGAUCAGACGGCAUCUUACACCGGUGGGCUGACGGAGGAAGAGCAGCUGGAGGCGGCCAUCAGAAACAGCCUGAAUGACAGAGGACAAACCCGUCAGAGAGGAGCUCCUCCCUCUUAUGGCUUCAACCUUUCUGAGGAGCCCACCGCAGAGGAGAUCAGGUGGAGGAGAAUGAGAAGGUUUGACAGCUGAGCUGAAGAAGACUAUUUUGGUGGGAAGAUGCAAGACAUUCAGUUAAAAGCUGCACUUCCACAGGCUGAAAAAGAGUGUCCUGGUUCAAGAGGUCUCCCAACACUGGCUGAUGGAUUUGAGCUUUUUAAUUUCGAUGUGGCCCUGAAUGAGUUUGUGAGGUCUGGAAAAGUUCCUGGCCAUGACAGGAUGAGCCCUCUGUUUGUGUGAUGAUGCUGAAGCUGUGCUCAUAAACAGCUUUUGAUUUUGAAAUCAGGGGGAAUGUUUGGAGACACAGACAGCUGUGAGACAUGAACAAUCCCAAGCUGUAAAUAUUUCACAUCUGUGUUAGAAUUUAGGAAAUGUUUUCCUUGUUCUGCAAAUGUUUUUACUUAUACAAAUGUUUAUCUGAAAAGCUUUAACAUUUACUUUGAAGCCUUGUAGAUUUAGGGCAUCUUAAAGAGAUCUUACAGUUGACUGAGGAUUCCUCUGAAAGCUGAAUAAAGAACUAGCUAGAGUCACUGACAGAGAAAACAUGAUGAUACAGAAGCCUGGUAAAUCUUAUAUCAACAGGCUCCAACUUCUGUAACUGAAGUGCAAAAGGAAAAAUGGAAGAAAUGAAGCUGAAAUGUAGAUUUUAACCAGUGGUUUCAAAGUGCAGUAGGUUCAGUUUCCAGACUAAUUCCUCUUUACAUUUCAGUUUUCAUGAGAUUACGAGAACAUGAUGCAGCAUGGUGCCAAAUCCUCCUACCUUACUACAGUAGUUGGUAAGGUUGAUUAAGUGUGUUUUGAUGCACAUUAACGGCCUGUGUUAUGGUAGAGUUGUAAUGAAUUACAUGAAAAUCCAUAAACAGCAACGAUCCACCUCCAGUUUUCCCUCAAUAUUUUUGGGGAAAAUGUCUGUAUGAUGUCACACUCUCAUCCUAGCCUUUCUAAAAAGCCAUUAAACCAAAGUUACAAAUCAGUGUUGAAGAAGUAAAUUUCUGGCUCUGAUUCCCCAGAAGCCCUGAGGCAUGACGAGAAGUAGGGCAGCUUAAAUUAGAGCCAAGAAACUAUGAGGUGCAUAUCAUCCUACAGUCAUGUAGAAAAGAAAGUACACCCUCUUUUCAUUCUAAGAAAAUAGUAAAAAAUCAGCAGCUCUUGAAUUUAGAUAAAUAAAACCUCAGAUAAAUAAUAACAGCCAUAUUUUUUACCAUCAUUUAUUUGUACAUUAUUUGUAAAACUAUGUCCAUCAUUGCUGCUACUAAAAUAUAAAUUAAGAGGGUGAGUAGCUGCCAUGUGUUGAUAAUCAAUGCCCUUGAUCAUCUUCAAUGUGAGCUUCUCUGAAAGUCUUUUGAGUUUUCAGGUCUGCAGCAUUCAGCUGAGUGUUUACACAAUGCCAAGGAGGAAAGACAUCAGCAAUGAUCAUAAAGAAGCAACUGUGCAGCCCAUCAGUCUGAGAACGGUUAUAAGGUCAUUUCCAAACCAUCAUUCUACAAAGAGAAAGAUUAUUAACAAGAAAAAACACAUUCAGGACAGCUACCAAUCUUCCCAGCAAAUUCAGCUCAACAUCAGACCGUGCAAUGCCCAGACUACAAAACACCGAACAGCUACAUCCCAGACUCCCCAGGCCUCAGUUAGCAUGUUUAAUAAUAAAGUUCCUGACAGUCUGAUUGGAGACAGACUGAGCCGGGAUGGCUUGUUCGGAAGGGUUGCACGAAAAAGAAUCUUCUUAUGUUUGCAAAGCUGCAUCUGAACAAACCACAAGACUUUGUGUCCUUUGGACAGACCAGACCAGAAUGAUGAUGUCAGAAUGCACAAACUACCCACGACAGCAUAUCAGCGCAAAAAUCUCAUGCCAGCUGUCAAGCACUGUGGUGGAGGGCUGAUGAUCUGGGCUUGAUUUGGAGCCACCUGGACACCUUGCAGUCAUUUAGUGGACCAUGAACUCCUCUGUAUAGACUAGAAUGACUUUAUUGUUAUUCAGAAUAUAUACCCGUUAGUGCACAUUAUAAACAACAUUUUGAUGCGUUCAAUGCCAUCUGACUACCUUAUGAGAAUUUGAAUGUAUUCCUGUCUCACUAAUUGGCAAAGGUUUAACUCUACCAAAUUUUCAGGUAUUUUAUUGGGCAGCUAAUCUUUAAAAUAUUGUUUCUUGGUUUAAUUCACCCGAUGUGUCAUGGUGUAAAAAGCACAGUCAUGUUUCGUUGUUGACUUUGAUUUGUUCUUUUAUUCCAAACAAUCCAUCUGGCUUUACAAAUAACAAAUAGUCGGCUCUACACUAAUAAUUAGCAGCAGUUUAGGAAGUAUUUUAAGCUCACACUGUUGAAUAAUGACUUAUUUCCUCCAACAAUGAGGGAUUAAGACCUUACAGAGAUUUCUAGGCAUAAAGUGUGUUUUAUAGAUUUUUUUUAAUUUAUCUUCUAAGUUUUCUUUUCGUCUUUCUCACCUUAUCUUCAGAUAAGACGCUGUAUUACAUCGUUGUUUCCUGGUUUUCCGUCCAGGCUUUCAGACCAGCUGUGGGAGGAAUGUUUAAGCUCUAAAUUGCAUAAAAGUGAUUCAUUUCAAAUGUAGGCCUACAUAGUAAACUCUUCUCACCUGACUGAAGUAGAACACGUUUUAAAGUUUUUUUAUAGAAUUUAUUUUUCUAGAGCUCCACUGUUACACAUUUUUCCCAGUAUUACGGACUGAUGUGAUGAAUGUGAAGCUUCUUAUUGUAAUCUUUCCCACACGUUUCAUUGUUGUUUACAGUUUCUGGCAGAAAUGUUGUCACACAAUGUCAAAAAUUGUUUGGUGUAAAUCUACAACCCUCUCCCAUAUAGUCAUUUUUGGUUAUUCACAAGAAUACAAGCAGCUUUUUUUUCAGGUAACAGUUAAAGGUUUUAUUUUUUACUUCACGUGCAGCUUUCUACCUGAAGUUCGACGGCUUCAUGAUGUCAUUUCUUGAAAAUAGCUUAAAAAUAUAAAUCGUGCUUGUAGAGGUAACUUGGGAUUCUUUAGCUCAGUGUAAAUUAUUUAAGUUUUUUUUUUUCAUUGGUAUGUGUAUGUAUGUUUAUGCGUGUAUGGGCAUGUGUACAUGUACGCGUACUAUUUGUAAAUGUUUCUUUUUUUUUUUUUUUUUUUAAAUAUAUCUUGGAGAAAAAAUGUAAACAUGGCCUGUAACGUUACAGUGAGAAAAUGUUUAAACUGAGGCUGUGGCGUGUUCCUAAUUAAAUAAGUAAAUAAAUGAAUAAAUAAAUAAUAAAGAUGCUGAUGGCAUGGGGACGUUGUGACAGUACCAUCGAUGCAGAGGCAUAUAUCAAAUCAUUGGGGAAUAAUAAAGUGAGGUCCUUCCCUAUGAGAUCAGCAGUUAUUU